UUUUUGUUUAUGUUCACUAUCGUUAGCCAACCGGUGGCGUCGUUUGGGGGCGUUGUUAAACAAUAAAUGUCCCUUUCGGCUCUCCGUACUUCUUGAGUUCCAGUCGUUCUGCUCUACGUGGGGAGGACACGGCCUGGGCGGAAGGGUAGGGUGGAUCAGAGACCACGUGGAUCCUCUGUGUUGCCAGGGAGUGGUGUCCCCGACAAGUGGUGUCCCCGACAAGUGGUGUCCCCGACAAGUGGUGUCCCCGACAAGUGGUGUCCCCGACAAGUGGCGCGAGGACCCUCGGAGCCGGGGAGCCCAGAGGAACUGCAACCUCCCAUUCCAGCCGCACUCCAUCCAGGCCCGGUGGGCGAGCACAUCCGCCAUGAACUACCGGGAGCAGCUCAUGAGCCGGGCGGUCCCGGGGCAGUUCGAUGAUGCUGACUCCUCUGACAGUGGAAGUAUGGCUGGCGUGGAAACAAGCAAAGAGGAGGAAGAUGCAUCUAAAAAUUCUCACCAGACUUUGAAUGAGGUUGAUGAAGAAAUUCAGGAAGAUGAUUAUGAGGAUUAUGAAGAUUAUAAUGAUGAUGAUGAUGAUUGGGACUGGGAUGAUGAAGUUGGGAAAAUUACUAAGGGCUCUUCUUCAACUGGAGGGAGUAACCCACAGGCUAACCGACAGCCAAGUCACUUCAACUCAGCAAAAAUGUCGACUCCAGCGGACAAGGCCUUAAGGAAAUUUGAGAACAAAAUUAAUCUAGAUAAACUUAAUCUUGCUGAUUCUGUUAUAAAUAAAGUCACUGAAAAGACUAGACAAAAGGAGGCAGAUAUGUAUCGGGUUAAAGAUAAGGCAGACAGAGCAACGGUGGAACAGGUGCUGGAUUCAAGAACUCGAAUAACUUUGUUCAAGAUGUUAAGCAGAGGAGUCAUAUCACAGAUAAAUGGUUGCAUCAGCACAGGAAAAGAAGCUAAUGUGUAUCAUGCCAGCACGACAGAUGGAGAGAACAGAGCAAUCAAGAUUUAUAAAACUUCAAUUUUGGUGUUCAAGGAUAGGGAUAAGUAUGUAAGUGGAGAAUUCAGGUUUCGUCAUGGCUAUUGUAAAGGAAACCCCAGAAAAAUGGUACAAACUUGGGCAGAAAAGGAAAUGAGGAAUUUAAUAAGGCUAAACACAGCAAAGAUACCUUGCCCAGAACCUAUCAUGCUAAAACAUCAUGUUCUUGUCAUGAGUUUCAUUGGUAAAGGCGACAUGCCUGCUCCACUUUUGAAAAAUGCCCAGUUAACGGAAUCCAAGGCUCGGGAGUUAUAUCUUCAAGUUAUUCAGUACAUGAGAAGAAUGUAUCAGGAUGCCAGGCUUGUCCAUGCGGAUCUCAGUGAAUUUAACAUGCUGUAUCGAAAUGGAGAUGUAUACAUCAUUGAUGUAUCCCAGUCUGUGGAGCAUGAUCACCCACAUGCCUUGGAGUUCCUGAGGAAAGACUGUGCCAAUGUCAAUGAUUUUUUUUUUAAACAUGGUGUUGCUGUGAUGACUGUACGGGAGCUCUUUGAAUUUAUCACAGAUCCUUCUAUCACAAAAGACAACCUAGAUGACUACCUCUUAAAGGCCAUGGAAAUAGCAGCCCAAAGGACGGAGGAACAAAGAUCCAAUCAAGAUCAUGUGGAUGAAGAAGUAUUUAAACGAGCUUAUAUUCCCAGAACCUUGAAUGAAGUUAAAAAUUAUGAGAGGGAUGUGGAUCUAAUGAUGAAGAUGAAGGAGGAAGACAUGGCCUUGAAUGUGCAGCAGGAUAAUAUUUUGUAUCAGACUGUGACAGGAUUGAAGAAAGACUUGUCAGGAGUUCAAAAGGUCCCUGCACUCCUGGAAAAGCAAAGCAAGGAGGAGGUGGAUUCUGAUUCAGAUGAUGCUAGUAGUUCUGAGGACCCUGACUCUGAAGGGCAUGGAGAUCAGCCCCAUCCCAGGAAUCAUCUCACUGACCCUGAAAUGGACAAAAAGGAAAGAAAGAAGAUGGUGAAAGAGGCCCAGAGAGAAAAGAGAAAAAACAAAAUCCCCAAGCAUGUGAAAAAACGCAAAGAGAAGAUAGCCAAAAUGAAGAAAGGCAGAUAGAAGCUGGGCUUUGUUAUCUGAAGCCACGGACCUGGUCUGCUUCUUGCCAAAUUCUGAUGUCUGCCUGUAGGAUGGAGUUGGAAGAUAAAAUGUUAAUUUUAUAACAUUGAACCAAGUAGGAAUGAUGGCAGUUUCUUUGAAGACUCAUUAUUAUGAGGUUUUUGUAUAAUUAUGGAAAAAGUUUUUAGCUCCAUUGUCUAGGCCUGGCUUAUGGCUUUUGGAGUUGAUAAAAGCAUUAUUUAAGCUGGUAUUUUAAU